AGAUUAUAUACUCAAAUUUUUAGAUAGAGCAACUUAGUUUUGGACCAGUCACAGGAGCUGACCUGUCCUGGGAGUUGGAGUUUUGUUUGCUUUUCUUUCAUUUCACUAUUUGGAUUUUGGAAUACAAUACAACUGUUCUCUCAUUUGAUGACCCAAUUGAAAUUACAAACAUAAUUCCAACAUUGCUGGGUUUUCCUUGAUAUUUCAGACUCAAUAUAGGUCUCUGUUCACUGUUUUCUCCAUUAUCAAGCAAAACCACAACGCAGCAGCUUUUAUAGAAUCUGCACAUCAACUGUUUGAUAAAAUUCCUUAUGGCUCAAUUGAAUGCUCCAGCAUUACACUUCAAGAGUUCUUCUGUCUUUGGAAUCAACCCAAAAUCGUUUAUUUACUUUCAGGGACAAAGUAGAUGUUUGAUUAAGAAACCAUUAGUGGUUGAAGCUAGAGCAAACACUAGAACGGAAAGUCCAAAAAUUCGGAACAGAAGGAUGCAGAAAAAGUUUAAUGGAACUGCCAGACAUCCCAGACUUUCAGUAUUUUGCUCUGAUAAGCAAUUGUAUGCAAUGCUUGUAGAUGACAAAAAUAAGAAGUGUUUGUUCUAUGGAAGCACGCUCCACAAGUCGUUCAGAGAAAAUCCUCCCUGUAGCACUGUUGAAGCUGCUCAACGUGUUGGGGAAGCACUUGUCAAAGCCUGUACUGAUCUCAAAAUAAAUGAAAUAUCAUCCUAUGAUCGCAAUGGCUUCGGUCGUGGACAAAGACUAGACGCCUUUGAGAUUGCCAUUUCCAGUUAUGGUUUCUUGCAAAGAUAGGCCUGCAGCUGCUGGUGCAGCUUAUUUGUUCAAUUUGUACAAGGCACUGCAAUGUAGAAGUCGAUCUUACAGAGAGAGUAGCAUGUUGUAAUAAUGUAAUUUGAUAUCGUGAAUAUGACAAUACAUUUGAAGGUUGUGUUAUCGACUCAAUUAGUUUGAAAAAUGGCAUGUGAUUUGCAGGUAA